AUGAUCAAGCAAAGUCUCUACGGCAUCGUCAUCCUUGCUCUCGCAUAUCCUGCCCUUUCCGCGAAAUGGCCGAACCAUGAACGCGACGAACCUGAGAAUUUUGUUUAUGAAGGAAGAAGGGAACAUCCUGGAGGGUUUAUCAAAGAUUUCUAUGGCCUGCUCGCCAAUUGUGUCCCUGACGCGAACGCCGGAGGAAGUAGCAUCGCUGCCCAGUGGGUCAGAUUUGCUUAUCACGACAUGUCCACGCACAAUAUUGACGAAGGCAUCGGCGGACUGGAUGGGUCCAUUCGCUAUGAGCUUGAUCGGGAUGAAAAUAUUGGCCUCAACUUUACUCUCCGAAGUUUCGUUGGACAUGCAAAUCGCUACCUUUCCUUUCCCGACAUCAUAGCCGUCGGCGUCAUCGGUGCCAUCGCGACUUGUGGCGGCCCACUUAUACCCUUCAGGAGUGGUAGAGCUUUCUCUGGACAGGCAGGUCCUUUCGGAGUACCGGCACCAGAUCAGGACUUGGCAGACCACCUGGAGAUUUUCCGUCGACAAGGCUUCAACCAGGAAGAGAUGAUUGGCCUCGUGGCAUGUGGGCAUACCCUCGGUGGUGUUCGAAACAGAGAUUUCCCGUACUUGGUCCCUCCCAACCCCGAUCCUAGUGUCCCUAAUAUUCAAAAUUUCGCUCCGACGCCUAAGUUCGACAACGGAAUCGCCAAAGAAUACCUAGCCCAAACGACGAAUGAUGUUCUCGUCAUUGGUGUGAAUGAAACAACACGCUCUGAUUUGCGCAUAUUCUCGAGCGACGGAAAUGAGAUGAUGGAGGUACUUGCGCACGAUGGCACAUUCUCCAAUACCUGCCGACACUUGCUCGAACGGAUGAUUAACACCGUUCCCUCUGGUGUCGCCCUCUCGGACGUCGUCGAGCUCCUGCCGGUCAAAGUUGGACCCACAUUCCUGGGUAUCGCAGAUGGACUCGCGAAUGCCUAUGAUCGGCUUACCCUCCGGACUGACAUUCGACUCCUCGACCCCAAUCCAAACCGCAUCGUUACCUUGUACUGGUCUGACUGCUUCGGCGGCGAUACCAUAUACGCUGCCCAACCCUACAAUAUCAGUGAUGCUUCCUCGGCCAUAACGAAGGCACUAGGGCACUCACCCGUCCGGUACUGGUUUGCAGCUCCAGUUGAUAUACCUGCGUCGGUCUCGAAGUUCUGGUUCAGCGUCGACGAAGGCAAUGGCGAACCCCCAACUAUUUGUGAUAACGAUGGCGAGGGGCACGUUAUCAAGCAAGAUGAAGUUCUGCUUGCACCGACGUUGAGUUGGGUGGAUUCUGAGUCUUCCAACACGACUCAGAUUGUUAUUGGGGUUAAAGGCGAUAGCACAUCCAGUCAGAUUUACGGCAAGGCUCACGACCCAGAAGGCGACAACGGAUCUGCCCUCGAGAUUGAUAUUUCGUUUACGCUUGAUGAAUCGAUCCAGUCAGUAGGAGGGUACUCGUUUUACAGGUCGUCCACCAUUUCCUCACUCUCAUUCUCUUUUGAUAUCUCGACCGUGGUGGAUGGCCGGACGUAUACGGAGGAGUUCUUGCGGUCUUUCUUCAUCACGAAGUCUAGCGAUAGUUGA